CUUUUGGGGAGACCAGAGACUAGACUGGAGUUCACUUUACACAGAGAGAGAGAGUGAUAGUCUGACAGUAGUCAGCUAAACCAAAGUCAUAUAGCUUAUGUUUUCCUGCUGUCUCUGUCUAUCUAUCUGAUUCCAUCCCCUCUUUCCUCUACUCAUGUUCUAAUCUAUCGAGGAUGAAUUAUCUAAAGGAAGUGGUUGUUGUGCUGCUGUUAGGCCCGUACCUGAUCCUGCUGGGCAAGGAAGUGGCAGGUGGUCAGAUAUCUGGCAAGGGAGUCAUCAAUCUUGCUCACAGACAGUCCUCAUGGACUCCCCUAAUGCAGACAAGUGCAAAUCUCAGUGACAUCAUAAGCAUCAGAUCUUUCUUUGAGUUCCGGACCCUUGAUCCAGAAGGGGCUAUUUUCUACGGGGACACCAAGGAUGGAAAGGACUGGUUUGUGCUUUCGCUGCGUGAUGGCAUACCUGAAAUGCAGAUUGGGAAAGCAGACAUUUUAGUCAGUGUAAAGGGAGGUCGCAAACUCAAUGAUGGCACCUGGCACUUGUUGGAAUUGCGCAGUGAGGGCAAAUUUGUUGUGUUAGAGGUAAACAACGAUGUGGAGCUUGUAGUCGGUCUUCAUUCUAAGCUGGCAGAGGAGGAACUAACAGGAAAGAUACGACUUGGUCUUGGCGGCAUGUUAGUGGACAAACAGACGCUCUUCCAUCCAUUUCAGCCAGGAAUGGAUGCUUGUAUAAGGGGAGGACAGUGGCUAAAUCUCAGCACCCUCUGGGAUACAGACCCUACAUGGGAACCCCGGCCCUGCUUCUCUGAGAUCAAGAGAGGCAGCUACUUUCCAGGAACUGGGAUAGCUAUAUUUAAUACAUCUGAUCUUCCUGGACUUAAGACAGAGGAGGCUGGAAUUACAAUUGAGAUCUUUGGAUCUUGGACUGGGACAACGCUGAGUUUCCAAAGCACAGGAUUCCAGUAUGUUUUGGGACCAGAGGUCCAGUUGGGCCUAAAAGAGGCAUCAGAAACCGCUUCCCUUCCCCAUGAACCUGCUACCUUUACCGUCAACAUACUGAAACAUGCCCUUGUGGUAAACGGCAAAGCAGAGCUUGAAACGGAAAGUCUGGACUUUUUCUCCAUGUGGAAAAAGGGGAUGCUACUAACUUUUGGAGGAGUGCCAGAUGAGAGGGAGGCUGCAAAAAGUAUACAUCACCUGCGUGGGUGUUUGGAGAAAAUCCUUGUCCAGGGCCAGGUCAUUGAUCUUGAUCAGGCAUUGUACAUACAUUCAGCAGUGUCAUCUCACAGCUGCCCUGCAGAAGCAAUGAAUGAACUCAUUUAAAAGAGAUUCAUGCCAGUCAUCAAAGCAAGCUAAAUUCUAAGAUUUGCUUUGUGGUCCAUUCAUCUGUAAUAUGUUGGCCUAUUUAAACUAUUGCUCAAUGUUCAGUUGGCCCAUGACCUCCAAAAAUGUUCUUAUGGGCUGUCGUGAUGCAAAUUUAUUUUUUAUUUUUUAUUUUUAUUUUUUUUACAUAUCACAUCAUGAGCAAUAAAAACAUGUAAAAUGAAA